CCUGCGCGUGGAGCGCUCCAGUCGGUCCCGCGAGCGCAGUCGGCAAGUCAGUCAUCUCGUGCACUGGAACACGGCGCGCGCGUGUGCGAGAGUGUGUGCGAAAGUGUGUGCAGCUGACCCCGCGCGCUAAAUGGAGAAGAUUCCCAGCCACGUAUGUUACAUGAUGAUGAUGAUGGUGUCUUCUUGCUGAACCAAGGGACAGGCCCGGGGAACGUCGGCCGUCCCUUCUGCUUUUACGCACAAUCGAACGCAUCGCCAAAAACAUUUGGAGUUUGGAAGGAAGCACGUCGCAUUCCCAGGCGUAACAAAGGGGGGCUCGCGAUCCGGAUGAAACGCUUUUUCCUUGCAGUAGAUGCGUGGAAAUAACUCGGCGUGGAGGCCCGCUUGAAUGAAAACGGAGCGCACUCUCAGGAUAUCGGAUCCCACCGGUUAGCGGCAUUUUCCGCCAGCUGGCACUUUUUGGCGUUUCAUUGAAUGCGGUUCGGCUCAAAAGAUCCCGUUUACCUGCCGUGCGGCUCUGACGUCACAUGCAAAGUCGCUACAUUGUAUCGCCGAUCGGAAUGCGGCCCUUGUAACGUUGUUGCGGAUCGCGAGAAACGUCUAAAAAUAAACUCGCGAUAUUCUUCUCGCGCGCGGUGACGAUAGAGGUCAAGAUUCGUGCGUGCGCGGCGUUGCGUGUGUGUACGCAAUUAUCGAUAUUGUGGCGUUAAAUGCACAUGCAGAUUUAUUACACCGCAUCCUUGCAAGAUCUUUGGGAGCGUUAAAGGGGAUCUUCAUGUCUUUUGUUGUAUUAUGCACACAGGACAGUGUUAAAUAGAGGGCAUCUGUCAAUCGAUUCGAACGCCCUCUGAAAAGCCGUCCGUCAGAACCGUCGACCCCCUUCUGAUCCGGACGACCCUCAUCUUAUACUCAUGAACAUACAGAGGUCCAGUCCCAUUAACAUUUCGCGUUAUGGGAGAUCGAGGCACAAAGCGCACGACUUCGAGGAGCUCUCUUGCCUAAGGACUACAGAAUUGAGCCAAAGUUUCAGUCCUAAUUUAGGAUCUCCCAGCCCCCCGGAGACCCCCGACUCCUCGCACUGCAUUUCUUGCAUCGGAAAUUACCUUUUGUUGGAGCCUAUUGAGGGAGACCACGUUUUUAGAGCCACCCACCUGCACAGUGGGGAAGAGCUCGUGUGCAAGGUUUUUGAUAUCAGUCGAUAUCAGGAGUCCCUGGCGGCAUACUUCGUGCUGGGCACCCAUGAGAACAUUAACCAGAUAGUGGAGAUUCUUCUGGGCGAGACGCGGGCGUACGUGUUCUUUGAGCGGAGCCAUGGGGACAUGCACUCGUUCGUACGCACUUGCAAGAAGCUGCGCGAGGACGAGGCUGCCAGACUUUUCCGGCAGAUAGCAUCGGCCGUGGCACAGUGCCACGACAACGGCCUGGUCCUGAGAGACCUCAAGCUGAGGAAGUUCGUCUUUAAGAAUGAGGAGAGAGACCAUAUAAAGUUGGAAAGUUUGGAAGACGCGUACCUUCUCGAAGGUGCCGAUGAUUCUCUCUCAGACAAGCAUGGCUGUCCAGCCUACGUCAGCCCCGAAAUCCUCAACGCAAGCGGCAGCUACUCCGGUAAGGCGGCGGACGUGUGGAGCUUAGGCGUCAUGCUCUACACCAUCCUGGUGGGCCGCUAUCCUUUCCACGACGUGGAGCCCAGCUCGCUCUUCAGCAAGAUCCGCCGUGGCCAGUUUAGCAUCCCUGAGACACUGACGCCCAAAGCCCGGUGCCUCAUCCGUAGCAUCCUGCGGCGGGAGCCAGCAGAACGCCUCACCUCUCGGGAGAUCCUGGACCAUCCCUGGUUCUCCGCCUCCAACGGGAUGUCGCCCGCCGCCGGCCACGGGAGGGGGGAACGUGAGUUGGACCAAACGGUACCGGAGGCCAACAUGGAAGAAGAACUGGAACAGUUCUUUAGCUGAGCACAAACUCAUCAGACAUUAUGCCACGUCCUUUUAGAUUAUGAAAAAUACACUCAUUGCAAUGGUGUCUAUCGUUAUCGUCCAUUCCGUGGAGAGACAUGGUGGUUUCUGGCUCAGGUGGAGCGAAACGCUCCUCGGCUAGGGCUUCUGGACAAUGCUAAUGCUAAUGGCGUCGAAUGAUGUAGCAGGACUUUGGUUUUUCUUGAUUUCUGUUCUUUUCUAGGUUCAUUUUACAGAACGUGUUGCUCAUGAGGCACGCGAGUCACACUAAGCUACAAACAUACAUUACGGCACAGGAGAACGCAGCCAAGGAACAACGAAAAUAUCAUGCGAAACCUCCGCUAAGCUCUGAUUUGUAGUAAAUGAUUGUGUCUCCAAUUUUCGAUAUUUUCCUGAAAUGCAAUUUGUUGGCUGUCUGUACUUGAUCCUCAAGCUACUUUAAGUAUGUUAUUACUAAAACUGUUUGCUUUUCGAUAACCCUCCAGGUCAAUAAUGUAAAGAUGCUAGCUAAAGAAUGAAUUAGCAUCUCAUCCCAAACUUUUUUUUUUGUUUCAAACGCAUAUUAAGGAACUAUUUGUGUUGCGUUAAGCUGUUCCUUUUAACGUAUUAUUGCUGCUUUUCUGCUCUAAACCGAACUGAAACCGUCUCAGCGAGCUUUCUAAAAAAAACGUUAAGCACUUGACUCGCCCAGACUUGGAGAACGAUCGAUUCCACCUCUCUGGACUUGUCAUUUAUUUAACUUUAGUUUUCCUUUUGCUGGAUUACAAUAUAUAGUUUUUAUUUAUAAUGGAACUACUACUCUAUUUAAAAAGAAUUUGUGCAGGGUCUUCGUUUUUCUUUUGUUAAGCCGAUUAUGUUUUUCACAACUAGGCAAUACGUUUGACACGGGACAGGGUUUUCUAUUAAAGCUUGUCCUAAGUUGGAAGGUCAGUGCCGGCAGUUGCGCACCCCGAAACUCACACUGACUGGGUCCCUUUUUUGCAUUUGACUCCAUGGAUAUUAGCAAAUAUUUCUGCGACUACACUGUCUCCAGUACCUCAUGUUAAUUCUACUGCCUGCAUAGGUCUGUGAAAUGAUGUUCUGAAUGGGUACAUAUAGACACGUUUCGUCGUAUAUCAAUGUUACUUGAAAUCGUAAUUUAUAUCUAGUCAUGGCAUGUGCCCUUUGAAUGCUUUAGCCUGCCUAGCAAGGGAAGUUUGCUUGUGUUUUUAUUUAGUUUUUCUUUAACGAAGGAUUUUUAAGAGUCCAAAUUGCGCCUUUUUCCGGAUUUUUUUUUUCAUUGUACUUUCCCCCGUUUCGUAGAGUGAACCGCCUACCUAAGUUGGUGCUGAUUAGGUGCUAAUGUUGAAAGACCUUUAUUUUAUUUUUCAUUUGUUUGUUUUCGUUUAAGGGGAGGGGGGAGUGCAUGGUGGGAAAUCUGCCUCAGAUGCUCUGAUUGUAAUGUAAAGAAUUUUGGUGUUUUGUCCAGAUUUAUUCAGAAAAUAAAUUGUGAACUGCA